AUGGCCACUGGCAUUGACAAGCUGAAUGCAGCGCUGGCCGACAGCGAUGCCCGCGGCAUGGCCAAUGCCUUGAUCUCCAUGGGGGCCACCGUUGGACAGGUGGAUGAAGAUGCCUUCGCGGCAGAUAUUGAGCAGCUGAUCUCUCGCUUAGGAGGAUCCCUGGAGAAUGCUACGGAUGCCACCGUGGACGAGUCGCAGAUUCAGGACAUCGUUUUGGACAUCGCACAGGUGGCGGGGAACAAUGGCCUGAAGCUGCCGCGGGAAUUUGGGCUCCUCAUUAAGCAGUCCUUGUACUUCGACCGGUACACCAAGCUCUUGGCUCCGGAGCUGAACAUGAUGUCCGAUGACCGGAUCUCCAACUUUGGAGCCGCCGAAACUGUGCCUGCUGAGGAUGCUGGUGCCACCGACGAGCGCAAAGCGGCGUAG